AUGGAGAACAGCCCCCCCUCUUCCUCCCUAGAGAGUAGUAGUAGUUCUGAAUCGAGUGACGAUGAUGAUGAUGAUGAUGAUGAUGAUGAAAGUUAUUCAAGCUUGCAAGGAGAGGAAUCCGCAAUAAAAAGGGUGUUGGCCAAAACGACGAAUCAUCAUCCGCACCAAUUCGCCCAACACGUUCAACGUUGGGUACAUCAAGUUCCCAUUGGAUUGGGAUUGUGUCCGUGGGCAGGAAAAUCUCAUGGAACAGGAAAUUUGCGAUAUGUAUCCUGCUUUUCAAAGCAGCCGGAACAAGUCAUGGAACUGGUCUACUCGGAAAUGGAAACGCUGGUUGCCGUUGAUGAUUCAUCAAAAUACUCGACAACUCUGUUGAUUUGCCCAUUUGUGAAGGAAUGGAAGGAAUUUGAUAAUUUUGAAAAGUUUGUGACCAAUGGAUGUCUCGUCGCUUCCAAUACUGAAGUGGAAGAACAGGACAAGGAAAUCAGACGCUACGAGCAGAAGCGUCAACAUUUUCAGAACAAGAUAACCUUGGUACCAUUUCAUCCAACGUUUCUUCGUUGGCGUGGCCUUCCCGAAGGCAUGAGCAUCGGAACUGUGGUAGAGUCACAUUGGGGAAUGGUCGGAAGCAAGAGUUCUACCAAAGCCUCUGCCACAAUCAUUGAAACAGAGAAUAAAGUAUUCGGCAAGCAAAAGGUCAAGAUCCGAUUUCACGAGGAAAUCGAGGGUCGCCGCUCGGAGCAGUACGUGCCCAUCGAUUGGAUACUACCCAAUGGAGAGCUUGGCCCACCUCUGCCGGACAAUGCCAUGCAUCGGGCUCCCUAUCCUACCAUUCACCUCAUAUCGAACCAAGAUUUAGCAAGCCUAUCAAUCCGUGACAUUUCCCGUGUGAAACGAAAGAAUGCACAACGAAUGAUGAAACUAGGCUGGUCAGGUUUGGAAAAGAGGACUCUUGUGGAAUAA